AUGGUUGUGGGGCACGCGUGCGCGCAACCAGUCGAGGGUGGCAGCAAGCUGGAGCGCCGCGGUGAUGGCGAUCUAUGCUACAUCAAUAACCAGAAGAUGGCCUUGAUCGACGAUAAGCUAUACUUCAUGGGCGGCGAUUAUCACUUCGACGGUGACGCCAAUGGCAAGACGUUUUCGAGCGAUAGUCUAUACUACUUCGACCUCAGCGGGAAUACCGACCUCCAGGCCGAAAGCAUAAUAUCGUCAAGCUCUCUCAAUAAGAUAUCAGUACCUUUCGACACUACGUCGGGUCUCGAGAACCAAACCCACAACCAGGGCGGCGCUCUCUUCCAAACCCUCGACUCCUUUUACGUCUACGCCGGCCUGGGUGACACCUCCACCACCGAAAACAAUGUCCUCGCCAUGUACAACACAACGAGCAACCAGUGGUCGAGCCACACCGUGUCCGGCGGCAACUACAACAAGCUCAACCGCCUCUUCCCCGGCGCCGCCAGCAUCCCCAGCACCGGCCUGUCCUUCUUCAGCGGCGGUGGCUCAUCAGGCGUCAGCCAGCCUGGCCAGCCCACCGGCAUGCUGCGCUUCGAUGCCUCGAACCCGGACGCCCUCACCUGGCGCAAUGAGACGGCGCAGAGCAGCUCGGGCGUGUCGGUACCCGCUCGCGUCGGUGGUAAUAUGGUUUACGUUCCCAUGGGCGAGCAAGGCGUCAUACUGCUGUGGGGAGGGUACAACGGGACCGAGGUCAACUCGACGACCGGCGCCCCGGCUUUCACAUACCAGCUCAUCGACAACCAGAGGAUUUAUGUGUACGACAUUGCUAGUGCGAGCUGGAAUAUUGUUUGGGCACAAGGCGACUCUAUUCCCGGACGGAGGUCGGAGACUUGCUCUGUGGUUUCGGCGGCGCCGGAUUACUCGUCGUUCAACAUCGCCAUGUACGGCGGUUGGGAUCUUUACGGCGACGAGGCAUUCUCGGAGACGUGGGUUCUCAGCGUGCCCAGCUUCCGGUGGAUCAAGAUAGACAGCUCGAACUACACGGGAUCCAACACGGAGGCGCUCUCGGGGAACAAGCGCGGCCGCCACCAGCACCACUGCGCGGUGCACAACGACUCGCAGAUGAUCGUGCUCGGCGGCCUCGUCAACGAGAACGGAACCGACCAGCAGCACGUCUGCGACUCGCAGCUCCCGCCGCUCCGCAUCCUCAACCUGGCCACCAUGACCUGGCAGAAGAGCUUCGACGCUAGCGCCGAGUAUAGCGUCCCCGAGGACGUGUAUGCUGUGAUUGGUGGAGACGGCUCCGGUGGCGCCACCAUCAAAGCCCCCGACGGCGGCUUCAACGAUACGUCCGUCGCCAGCAUCUUCGCCACCACCGUCGCCCGCGCCGCCUCGACCGCCUCGUCCACCUCGACCGCAACUUCGUCCGCCGGCUCGUCGUCAUCAUCGUCCUCUAGCAGCAGCUCCUCCAACACCGGCGCCAUCGUCGGUGGCGUCGUCGGCGGCGUAGUAGGCCUCGCGCUCAUUGCGCUCAUCGCCUGGCUCCUCCUCCGACGCAAGAAACAGCAACAACACGCACCCGUGCCGCAGCAUGACACGAGUCCGCUAGCUACCGCCGGUGGUGCUGCCGGUGCUGCUGGUGCGCACCAGGGCAGCAGCGGCGAGUAUCCGAUGGGGGCGUACGGGAAUGGUACGGCGGGAGCGUUGACGGAGCGGUACGGGGCGCCGGAGGCGGAGAAGAGGGCCGAGUUGGAUCCGGGGACGGGCGUGUUCGAGGCGGAGGGGCAGGGGAGGGUGGUGGGCGAGAUGGAUGGGCGGAUGGUGGCGGAGAUGGAGGGGGAUGGGCCGAAGGAUGUGUAUAGGCGGACGUGA